AUGCCACUGAAUUUAUUCGGAAUAGGUGCCGGAGGUGUGAAGUCACAACAGCUCGAUAACUCAUCUAGAGGAAAUACCGGCACGUCUGAUGGGAAAGAUUGGCGGGGAUCAGUUGUAAAACUGCCUAAUCACACUGUGACUUUGGACAAAAGACUUGCUGAAGGUGGAUUUGCGAUUGUAUAUUUGGCAAGCGAUAAGCAGGGACGUCAUUAUGCACUAAAAAGGCAGUUUAUUAGUGAUGAUGUUCGGCAGUUGGAGGCAUGUAGAAGAGAAUGUCGCAUUGUUAGUUGUUUGGCGGGACACAAAAAUAUUGUAUCGUAUAUAGAUCAUAUGAUACUGAAGAAUAAUUGUGGUGUAUACGAGUGUUCACUUCUUACUACUUAUUAUAAAAGUAGCGUGUUGCAGCUGAUGAAUGAACGACAUUUAGCGGGACGAUGUCUUUCGGCAAAUGAAAUUUUGAAAAUUUUUUGUGAUGUAUGUGAAGCAGUUGCGAGAUUGCAUCAUUCUCAAACUCCAGUUAUUCACCGUGAUUUAAAGGCUGAAAAUGUUCUGAUCGAUGAACAUCGUCGUGGUGCACCAGUAUAUGUUUUGUGCGAUUUCGGAAGCGCCACGACAAAGGUCUUGUCAUCGGAAACACAAUCACUGCAAUUUAUUGAGGAGGAGAUUCAUCGCUAUACGACACUAGCAUAUCGAGCUCCUGAAAUGGUAGAUAUUUACUCCGGAAAGCCUAUUGGCACAAAGGUUGAUAUAUGGGCGCUUGGUGUCAUGUUUUACAGACUCUGUUAUUUCAGUCUUCCGUUUGGUGAAAGCUCGCUUGCAAUUCAAAAUUGUUCUUAUAAUUUUCCGACUGAGCCUAACUAUCCGGAUGAAUUACGUGCGAUCAUAAUUUUAGAGGUACUUUUUGACCCCGAUCUUGUUCGUCGUCCAGAUAUUUAUCAAGUUUCAACUCUUGCUUUUGAGGCUGCUGGACAGUGCUCUCCGAUUGGUAACUUAAAUAAAGUUCCAGCACUGUGUCUAAUUGAUGCCGUACGAAGUUUGCGCCAACAAGAAGUCAAUGCAGCAGCAAUUGCGGGUACGUCAGCACGUACAUCGAAGUUUACUAAUUUUGAUAGCCGUGUUGCACAGAAGGAAACAGCUACUUCCAUCAAUCCAAGAUUGAGACCGAAGCCAUAUAGCAAUGCAAUUCGCUUGAAUUUGGCCGAUUCCAGUUCACGUUUGUUAGAUGUAACAAUCGGUAAACAACAAAACAGUUCAUCUUAUCCAGAAAUCGGUAUUGCGCGUUCAGGAUCUUCACAUAAAUGGUGCGGUAUUGCAGAAGAAUGCGGUAUUGAAACUCUGAAGUCAAGUGCUUUCAGACCGUACAGUGCUUCGAGCGAAAACAAUACCAGAGUUGUCUCUGCAGGAUUUACAGUUGAACCCUUUGAGACAGUGACUGUAACUGUUUCUUCUCCUGAAAAUUUCCCAGUGGAGAAUGAUGAUGUAUCAUGGAAUCCAUUCUUAAUUGCACCAUUCAGCUCACAAAGACGUAGUUCAGUUACUUUGCACAAUACUACAAUGGAUGAUCGUAGUUUUGGACAUUGUUUUGACAAAUUGCCGAGGCAUUUAAAAUACUUCACAUCGAGCGAAACGGUGGAAAAUGAUGCAAAUUUAGAAAUUGAUGAAAAUGAUCCAUUUGCUGCAGCACCAAUCCAUCACUAUCAAAUAAGGGUUGCUGAACAAGUUUUCAGAGUGAAAGAUACAAAUGCAAUACAGGAAAAAAGUCAGUCAAAUAGUAGUGCAGUCCAAAAUGCUGUUAUUAGUCAUGAAGUUCUUUCAUCACCUACGACUAAUAAUGAUAAAAUUUGA